AUGGCGGAGCCGCCGCAGGGCGCGGGGCCGGCGCUGCCGCUGCGGGCUCGGCUCAGCUUCGCGUGCGGGCACUUCCUGAACGACGCCUGCUCGGCGCUGUGGUUCACGUACCUGCUGCCCUUCCUGCACGCCGUGCUGGGCUACGGGCACGGCGGGGCCGGGGCGCUGCUCCUGGCCGGCCAGGCGGCCGACGGGCUCUGCACGCCCCUGCUCGGCUUCGAGGCCGACCGGGCCCGCGGCUGCGGCCGCUGCGGGAGGAGGAAGGGCUGGCACCUGGCCGGCACCACCUGCGUCCUCGUGUCCUUCCCCUUCGUGUUCAGCCCCUGCCUGGCCUGCAGGGAGGGCACUCCACAGUGGGCAGCCUUCAUCUACUACCUCCCGUUCAUCGUCAUCUUCCAGUUUGGCUGGGCAGCCACGCAGGUGUCCCACCUGGCCCUCAUCCCCGAGCUGGUGAGCAGUGACCAUGAGAAGGUGGAGCUCACGGCUUUCAGGUAUGCCUUCACCGUCAUGGCCAACAUCACUGUGUACGGCCUGACCUGGCUCCUGCUCAACUUCCAGACAGACCAGCCUGACCACAUGGAGCACCUGGGCCCCCAGGAUGUCCCUGUGUUUCGGAACCUGGCCCUCAUCGUGGUGGGGCUGGGGGCCGUGUCCUCCCUCAUCUUCCACCUGGGCACCAAGGAGAAGCCGUACCCACCGGGUGUGCUGCCCGACCUGGAGGAGACCACCCCCCUGCUGCACAAGGAGCCCCCGAGCCCCCCACGCCCGCUGCUGCUCUGGAAGCACUGGCUGCUGGAGCCCUCCUUCUACCAGGUGGCAGUGCUCUACAUGUCCACCCGCCUCAUCGUCAACCUGUCCCAGACCUACAUCGCCAUGUACUUGACCAACUCGCUGAUGCUCUCCAAGAAAUACAUCGCCACCAUCCCCCUGGUCAUGUAUGUCAGCGGGUUCCUCUCCUCCUUCCUCAUGAAGCCUGUGAACAAGUGGAUCGGUCGGAAUCUGACCUACUUCGUGGGCAUCCUGGUGGUCCUGGCCUUCGCCUCCUGGGUGGCCCUGGCCAAGCCGAUGGGAGCUGAGGUCUAUGGAGCGGCCGUGCUGCUGGGGGCUGGCUCUGCCACCAUCCUGGUCACCUCCCUGUCCAUGACAGCGGAUCUCAUCGGCACCAACACGCACAGCAGUGCAUUUGUCUAUGGUGCCAUGAGCUUCACGGACAAGAUGGCCAAUGGCCUGGCUGUGAUGUUGAUCCAGAACCUGCACCCCUGCCCGACUGAGCUGUGCUGCUCCGCCUGCAUCGACUUCUACCGCUGGGUGAUGGUGCUGGUGACCGGCGGCAUCGCCGUGGCUGCCGUGGUCACGCUCUGCUGCAUCAUGGUGUGGCCCAUCCGCGUCCGCUACCGUGCUGUCGGGCUGCAGGGGCUGAGCGGAGCUGGGACCCCCAACACCGGGACUGAGAGCGCAGAGGGAGGGGGCCUGAAUGGCACCGUCAACUGAGCCAUGGGGCCAUGUCCUUGGCCACCAUGUCCUCAGGGCCAUGUCCCCGGCCAGUACGUCCUUAGGGCCAUGUCCUCGGCCACCACGGUGCCACACUCCGAGUCCAGAAGGUCCCCCACGCUGGGGGACACCAGGCUCUGGGGAGGGGAGUGACUGAGCCCUGCCCUGUCUCCUUGCACUGGACUCAUGUCCCCACAGCCUGUCCCCCUGGGGCUGAUGAAGGAUG